GAUAAUUGGAGAGUUCAAGAAAUUAAAAGACAUUUGAGGUAGUGACAAUCAAUGAUUUAUCCGUGUUAUUGUAUGUGAGAUGGCCUUGUCGUUGCAGUCGACGCAGAACUCUAGAGGUGUGUCGGUAAGGCCGCUGUCAAGUAUGCGUCAGGAAUCUCUGCCGAUGCUGGCGGAGCGGCUGCUGGCGAGUCGCGCGGCCGCGUUGGUAGCCGGCCUGCCUGCCGAGCUGUACUCCGGCGCGCUGCUCGCUGCCUGGCCGCCCUCGCCGCCCGCGCCCCUACUGCCCCCGCCCGAGCUGGACCGAGCUCGAAAGCGGCGCCGCACGCCCAAACUGGACGACAGCACCUCUACCGCACCGCCUUCUCCUCCCUCCUCUGGUUCUUCCCCCGGCGCGGCUGACCCACCGCGCGACAAGCUCUUCACUUGCAAGGUGUGCUCGCGCUCCUUUGGCUACAAGCACGUCCUACAGAACCAUGAGCGCACCCACACCGGUGAAAAGCCCUUCGAGUGCGGCGAGUGCCACAAGCGCUUCACGCGCGACCACCACCUCAAGACCCACCUCCGCCUCCACACGGGGGAGAAGCCCUACAGUUGCCCGCACUGCCCACGCCACUUCGUGCAGGUCGCGAACCUACGUCGGCACCUCCGCGUGCAUACUGGUGAGCGCCCGUACGCCUGCGCUCGUUGCCCCGCACGCUUCUCCGACUCUAACCAACUGAAGGCGCACGCCCUGGUGCAUGAGGGAGACGCGCCGUUCGCGUGUCGUUGUGGCGCGAGGUUCAGGAGACGGCAGGCGGCCGCACUGCAUCGCUGUGCUGGUGCCGGCUGCGAAGCGGAUGCGCCCAGCCCUCCGGCCGCCGCGGCUGCCGACUGGCGCUGGGAUGACUGGCCCGAGCAGACGGAGCCCGAAGACCUGUCACUGCCCCGGAGGCCGGCCACCCCGGACUCCCCAACCGACCUUCGCGUGCACGCCGCGUAGUUGCCCCGCGCCCCGCGCCUUGCGCCUCUUCCCAUGCGCCGCCGAGCCGGUAUAUGAGUUCCUUCUCUGUAGACUGCGCAAAGUCGUCACCUCGCCUACGCCGAGAGUUCUACUCGCCCGGCUAUUUGUCGUACCGUUAUUUCAAAGUAUUACCUACCGCUAACGCUCACUGUAAUAAAUUAUUUAAGUUGCCGUUUUUUGCACAUAUUUCCUCGGUAAGACUACCGCCGUAGUCGCUUUAGGUAGUCGUCCAUUGACUUUUUACAGUUUUGCAUUUGCAAUGUCAUAAAAAGAACACUUUUUCAUGAUGUUACAGUUUAAAAUUUUAUUGUUGUGCCAUUUGCAUAAUCGCAAGGCGAGACGAUGCAAAAACUAGACCAUUUUUAUUCUUUUGUUUUGCAACUCAUGGAACAUAGAGCGUCUUACACAAAAGGCAUUUUUUGAUUUAUUGCGUCUUUGUCCGUUUCGCGAUAGAAAAACACGUUCGUUAUGGUUGACGUUCAUCGAUCUCGUUGCGACGUCCCUCGCGGCGGCGACGAGAGGCGGCGAGCGCGGCCGGAACCCGCCGCCGCCACGCCGCGCCGCCGGGAAGGCCUCGCCGCGACAUUGCUUAUUACUCCGCCGGUUACAAAGACCGGUUAACAAUCGGUGAUUAUUAGGUAUCGAUUCGUCCAAGGUUCCGCGCCAUUGUGCGCGCCCUCAUCCGCCGCGACUCGCGAUAACCGCUUCAUAAAUGCCCUUUCUUGCCCGAUUCACAGAUUUUGCUAAAGCUUUUCAAAUUUUACUUGUUUCUUAAUAAAAGCACAAUAAUUCUAAUUUCUCAAAUAUCGGCAAAUGCGUAACUGAUACUUUCUCGUUGUACAAUUAUAGGGGAUAGUUAUUUGGAAUCAAUGGAGCUUUACCGGUGGGUAAUUAGGAGUAGAUGGCGUGCCGAACGGCCGGGCGAGCGGGAUACGGCCACGGCGCGACCCAGCGCCCAGCUUCUGUAUAUAAUGCUAUCUUCUAAUCAAAUUAUUUAUUAUUUAUCAAUUAGUCGUAAGCAUUCUAUAAAAUAUAUGACUGUUGUAUACAGUCGAAUAAAUUUGUAUAUAUAUUUUGUUAGUAAUAGGUAGAUUGCUAUCAGAGGGGUAUUUAUAAAUGUCAAAAUUAUUUCUUAGUAUCGAGAUUACAUGAUACAGAAAAAUCUGUAUGAAUAGUAGGUGUUAUGAUAAGGAUUUCUAAAUGUCUUAAUCGAGUUCAUGUACACUCGGAAUUGUUCUCGUUAGAUAAUGAAAUAGUCGUAAGUUACAAAUUAUUUAAUGUGGAUUGUGUAUAUACGUUAGUGUUAAGAUUCAAUUCUCAGUGCACAUGGAUCUUGUUGUGUUUAUAUAUGAUGUAUGUAUGUAGAGCUCCGAGUGAGCGGCGACGAGCAGGAGUCCUGAGCAUUGACGCAAUUUGUUCUACGGGUAUUAGUCUCCUAUUAGUUGUAGUGUGUUUAUUUUAUUCGUUUUCAUUGUGAUCUCUUAACACGAAAUUUCCUUCUGAAUGUUUCGCGCACAUGGAUUAACGAAUGUUAGCGGUAUUGAUUGUUGAUUAUUAUUAUUUUAUUUUUAGUCGUAAGUAUUCG